CCCCACUAUAACAAGUUAUAAAGGGGAUCGGGUCUCCAUGUUGCCAGUUCACCUUGUGUGACCGCCGUGAAUAGUUUGUGAGCAAAAUGAAAACUGUAGCAUUGUUUUUGUUUGCGGCCCUCAUAGUGGCGGUGUCCUGCCGUCCCGACAAGACCGACCUUAAGCAGUUGAAGGCGGACAAGGCUCGGAAGAACGCUUGCCUCCACGACUGCUCUGGUGUCGACUUCGACCCGAUCUGCGCUGGCAAGCAGGGAGAGAAACCAAAAUCCUUUGGCAAUGAAUGUGUUAUGAACAACUACAAUUGCGAAAAUAAAGACAAUCUACACAAGAUAAGCAAAGGCCAGUGCCCCGGCUCCGACGGAAUCCGCCUGUCUUAAGCUAUUCACCACUAUAACAUAAAAUACGAUCAAAUGUCGCCUAUGUUAAGAUUAACCAGAACAUUCUAUUAACAUUACUUAGCUUGUAAUUUAGAUUUAUGCUUAAAUAGAGCUUGUUUAGACGGAGUCAGUGUUUAAUUACUAUUUAGAUGGUAGCAUAUGGAUAUUUAAUUGUUAAAUACAGCGCUUAAAUCAGCACAAUAUAUAAAGCGAUUAAUUUUCGUUCUUUUAGAGCACCUGCGGCUACCAAGAAUUAAGGGCUUAAAAUGCACUCUAGAUUAAAUGAAUUAUCUACACGCUCUGUCAAAUCAGGCUCUGAAUAUAUAUUCUAACAUCAAAGAAGCUGUGAUGUAGUAUGAUAUUGUUGAUAGCAGUUUAGUGAAGCAGUGUACCGAUAGUUGAUUUUCUAUAGUUUCUUAUUAAUUCGUGCUUAUUAAAAGCUUUGUUAGUUCUUUUAAUUACUAAAUAAAUAAUAUAUUGUAUGUGUUGUUAUUGU